CCGUCUAGUACAACAUUAUAAAGUUGUUCCCAAGCCUCUGUUCAAAACAUUCUCAAACAUGGAAAUGAAGCAGCUGAACUUAGUUGCCUUAUCCUUUGCUUUCAUCACUAUCCUAAUAUAUGCAUGGAGGGUACUGAAUUGGAUGUGGUUGAGGCCGAAAAGGCUAGAGAGGUGCCUUAAACAGCAAGGCCUGGCUGGAAAUUCUUACAGGCUGUUGUAUGGGGACUUCAAAGAAAUGUCCAUGAUGAUAAAAGAAGCAACUUCAAGACCCAUCAGCAUCUCCGAUGAUAUUGUGCAACGUGUCGCACCCUUUCAUUACCAUUCCAUCAAGAAAUAUGGUAAAAGUUCUUUUAUAUGGAUGGGCCCAAAACCAAGGGUCAACAUUAUGGAGCCUGAACUGAUAAGGGAUGUUUUGUCCAUGCACACUGUCUUCCGAAAGCCAAGGGUUCAUGCACUUGUGAAGCUGCUUGUUUCUGGACUACUUUUUUUGGAUGGUGAGAAAUGGGCUAAACAUAGAAAGAUCAUAAACCCCGCAUUCCGACUAGAAAAACUGAAGAACAUGUUACCCGCAUUUCAUUUGAGCUGUAGCGACAUGAUAAGCAAAUGGGAGGGGAAGCUCUCAACAGAGGGGUCAUGUGAGUUGGAUGUUUGGCCCUAUCUUCAAAAUUUGACAGGCGAUGCGAUUUCGCGGACAGCAUUUGGUAGUAACUAUGAAGAAGGAAGAAUGAUAUUCGAACUGCAGAGAGAGCAAGCGCAACUUUUGGUCCAGUUCUCAGAGUCAGCUUUCAUUCCAGGAUGGCGGUUUUUGCCUACAAAAUCCAAUAAGAGGAUGAAGCAAAUUAGAAAAGAAGUAAAUGCAUUGUUGUGGGGUAUUAUCGACAAAAGAGGGAAGGCAAUGAAGGCUGGCGAAACUCUUAAUGAUGACUUAUUAGGUAUACUACUGGAAUCCAAUUUUAAAGAAAUUCAAGAGCAUGAAAAUGACAAGAACGUUGGAAUGAGUAUCAAAGAUGUCAUUGAGGAGUGUAAGCUAUUUUACUUUGCCGGUCAAGAGACUACCUCAGUUCUGCUUCUAUGGACAAUGGUUCUAUUAAGCAAACAUCCAAACUGGCAAGCUCGUGCAAGAGAAGAGGUUUUACAUGUUUUUGGCAACAACAAACCCGAAGGAGAUGGACUAAAUCACCUUAAAAUUGUUAUGAUGAUUCUUCAUGAGGUUCUUAGGCUAUAUCCACCGGUCCCCUUGCUUGCUCGAACUGUUUAUGAGGACAUCCAAGUAGGAGACAUGUAUUUACCUGCUGGAGUGGAUGUCUCCUUACCAACAAUCCUGGUACAUCAUGAUCAUGAAAUUUGGGGAGAAGAUGCAAGGGAGUUCAAUCCAGAGAGGUUCUCCCAAGGAGUUUUGAAGGCAACGAAAAGUCCAGUUUCAUUCUUCCCCUUUGGUUGGGGUUCUCGAUUAUGCAUUGGACAAAACUUUGCAAUAUUGGAAGCUAAAAUGGUGCUUGCAAUGAUCCUACAGCGCUUCUCAUUCAGCCUUUCACCAUCCUAUUCUCAUGCUCCUUGUAGUCUUGUUACUUUGAAACCACAAUAUGGGGCACACUUGAUUUUACAUGGGAUCUAGGAUUAGUCUAUGUUAUCAGUCAUUUAUGGAUAAUAUUUUGUAUGCUAA